AUGGUGAACCUUACCGACAGCAGCGGCGAAAUCAUCGUGUCCAACUUGGACGACUGGUACAGGAUUGUGCUCGCCGAUGGCAGCGAACUGGGCUUUGGCGACGCCUAUCCAAGCAAACAGAACGUUGACAGAACCCUGAUCAAGAUUGUUCCGGCCGGCCAAGGCCUGGUCUUCCGGUACCAGCGAACCGACGGGGGUGACAGACUUAGCCAAGGCUGGCCUAUUGGGGACAAGGGCUGGCUUCGCGGCAAGCACGUCAAGCCUGACGGUACCGAGGUGGUUAAGAACCUGUCUCUGUCAUGGGAGCCGACCAAGCUUGCCCUGUACGAAUCCAACGACAACUACGGUUUCGUCGCUCAACAGUUGCCGGGGAACAGGGUUGCGCUGUAUGCCUACGAUCGCCACGGCAGUGUCCUUGGGCUGGCCGUUACGCCGGACAAAACCGUCAUUGGUUAUGCGAGCAAGUAUGCCACGUCUCUUGAUGUUUCUUUCGUGAAGACCGGGAGCCACUUCAAGGGUCAUUUCUGA